AGAAGAGGCCAGCAGCAUAUCACAGGCUUCGGUUGUAGAAAGGGACUUGGUUGUUGCCCCAACCGCCGCGACUUCAUUCUGCAUUCUCGCUGCUCGCGUUCAUCAAGAGCAUUAAGAAGAUGCAAUUGGCCCUCGAGCUCGAGAUUGUGGCGGCGCGCAUCGUCGGCCACCGGACCAUGGUCUUGGCGACCGAGAAGAGCCCGUUUGUCGAGUAUGAGAUUGAGAUCACUACGCCCAAGGGCCUCGUCGUGUGCUGGAAGCGCUUCCGCGAGUUUCGGAUUUUGCGCCAUGGCCUCAAGCGCACGAGCAGCGGGCGUCUGCCGAGCCUCCCGAAGCGUCGAUGGCUCUGCAACCUCUCGACCGACACGAUAGCCGAGCGCAAGUUGAUGCUCAACCAGUUCCUCUCGCAGCUCGUCGCCAACGAAGCGCUGCAGUGGGGCAUUCAGAUCGAUGCGACGCUCGCGGUGCUCAAGCGCCGACGCCUCUCGGUCGACCGCAAGCUCCUCGACAGCUUUACGAGCACGACGCUCGCGUCGCCGCACUGGGAUCUCGCGUGAGAUACCUGCAUUGCGCCAUCUUCCCGUUAAUCUUAUUUUCAAUCGUUGCUUAUUCCUA